GGUACGUUACAUUACUGUACUCUACCUCUCCUCGCAGUCACACACAGAAACAAGAUGGCGGUCCACAGCAGCGGUUCUUCCAUAACAAUAAGAGCGAGUUGAAACUUCCCCGGACUUUGAGAAACUUUUCCCGAUCUGUCCGGAAACAUGAGGAGCCUCGUCCGUCUGUAACGACUCGUGAACCGGCACCGUGUGUUUCCCCGGUGAUGUCCCCGUGAAGCUGCCGCUGUCUGUGGCGGACUUUGUUUCCUCCCAACCGGGAAGGUCAGCCGUGGCUCUUCCAUCAUGGCGGCGGCGUCGUAUGACCAGCUGCUGAGACAAGUGGAGGUUUUAAAGAUGGAGAACUCAAACCUGAGACAAGAACUGCAGGACAACUCCAACCACCUGACCAAGCUCGAGUCGGAGGCGUCCAACAUGAAGGAAGUGCUGAAGCAACUGCAGGGCACCAUAGAAGAAGACUCUGGAGAAACAUCUGGAUCUCAGCUGGAGCUCAUCGAAAGACUGAAAGAGAUGAGCAUGGACGCUGCAGGUUUUAAAGCCAGGUCCAGGCCUCCUCUUCAGCCCUCGUCCUCGUCCAGCUCGGCCUCCUCUGGGUCUGGGACCCCUGGAGGUGCAGCUGGGGGCCCUCAGAGCACCACUCCCUUCCCCAGGAGAGGGCUGCCAUCUGCGGGUAGAGAUGGCCAGGACCGCUGUCUGGAGGAGCUGGAGAAAGAAAGGUCUCUGUUAUUGGGUGAGCUGGAAAAGGAGGAGAAGGAGAAGGACUGGUAUUAUGCUCAGUUGCAGAACCUGACGAAGAGGAUCGACAGUCUGCCACUCACCGAGAACUUCACGCUGCAGACGGACAUGAGUCGUCGUCAGCUGGAGUUUGAGGCUCGUCAGAUUCGCUCAGCGAUGGAGGAGCAGCUGGGCUCCUGUCAGGAGAUGGAGAGGAGAGCUCAGGCGCGCGUGUCUCGUAUUCAACAGAUAGAAAAGGACAUCCUGAGACUUGGAGCUCGACUUGAGGAGGAGGGCGCUCAGGGGGCGAGCGACAGCAGCGGACUGACGCUCAGCGCUCAGAGCUCAAACAGUCGAUUGGACCAAGAACCUGCCAAUGAAACAAACUACUCUGUGCCUCGACGAAUCACCAGUCACCUUGGAACCAAGGUGGAGAUGGUGUACAGUCUUUUGUCAAUGCUCGGGACUCAUGAUAAAGAUGACAUGUCGCGGACGCUUCUCGCGAUGUCAAGCUCACAAGACUCGUGCAUCGCCAUGCGUCAGUCCGGCUGUCUGCCGCUGCUCAUCCAGCUGCUGCACGGCAACGACAAGGACUCCCUUCUGCUAGGUAACUCCCGCGGCAGUAAGGAGGCCCGUGCCCGGGCGUCAGCGGCGCUGCACAACAUUGUGCACAGUCAGCCGGACGACAAGCGAGGGCGGCGUGAGAUCAGAGUGCUCCACCUGCUGGAGCAGGUGCGUCAUUACUGUGAGGCCUGUUGGAGCUGGCAGGAAAACCACGAGAGGGGCGUCGACCAGGAGGACAACCCCAUGCCGUCUCCAGUCGACCAUCAGAUCUGUCCGGCCGUCUGUGUUCUCAUGAAACUUUCCUUCGAUGAGGAACAUCGACACGCGAUGAACGAACUUGGAGGUCUGCAGGCGGUGGCGGAGCUGCUGCAGGUCGACUGUGAGAUGUUCGGUCUGAGCAGCGAUCACUACAGCGUCACUCUGCGGCGCUACGCCGGCAUGGGACUCACCAACCUCACCUUCGGAGAUGUGGCGAAUAAGGCAACACUGUGCUCCAUGAAGGGCUGCAUGAGAGCGAUGGUGGCUCAGCUGAAGUCUGAGAGUGAAGACCUGCAACAGGUGAUAGCGAGUGUUCUGAGGAACCUGUCGUGGCGAGCGGAUGUCAACAGUAAGAAGACGCUUCGAGAGGUCGGCAGUGUGCGAGCGCUGAUGGGCUGUGCCCUCGAAGUGCAGAAGGAGUCGACGCUGAAGUCUGUACUGAGUGCGCUCUGGAACCUGUCGGCUCACUGUACGGAAAACAAGGCGGACAUAUGCGCAGUGGACGGCGCUCUGGCCUUUCUCGUUGGAACUCUGACUCACCGCAGCCACACAAACACACUCGCCAUCAUUGAGAGCGGUGGCGGCAUCUUGCGGAAUGUGUCCAGUCUCAUUGCCACCAACGAGGCGCAUAGGCAAAUCCUGCGUGAGCACGGCUGUCUGCCGACUCUGCUGCAGCACCUCAAGUCUCACAGUCUGACCAUCGUGUCCAACGCUUGCGGGACGCUAUGGAACCUGUCGGCUCGAGACGCCAAAGACCAAGAGGCAUUAUGGGAGCUGGGCGCUGUGGGCAUGCUACGUAAUCUCAUUCACUCCCGCCACAAAAUGAUCGCCAUGGGCAGCGCCGCCGCCCUGCGCAACCUAAUGGCCAACCGCCCGGCUCGCUACAAGGAUGCCAGCGUUGUGUCGCCAGGCGCUGGCGCCCCUUCUCUGCAUGCCCGCAAACAGAAGGCAUUAUUCGAGGAGCUGGACGCGCAGCAGCUGUCAGAAACUUUCGACAACAUUGACAACCUGAGCCCCAAGGCAGCUCACAGAAAGGGGAGGGGCUGUAAUGGCAGCGGAGUGGGAGGGAGCACAACUCGCUCGUAUGCCAACACACCGGUGCUGUCGAGCCCAAAAACUGGAGACGGAUCAAAGAGGAUGGGGGAGGAGACUUCUUACCCUCGGCCGAUAUUCCCGCCCAGCGUUCGAGCGUCCAGUGACAGCCUCAACAGCGUGACAAGCGCCGACGGCUACGGCAACCGUGGAAAGACCAAACCAUCAGCAGAACCGUUCUACUCGUCAGACGAGAGUGGAGCCAACAAGUGCUGCGUCUACCGGAAGUACCCGGCUGACCUGGCCCACAAGAUCCGCAGCGCCAACCACAUGGCGGACGACGAUGGGGGGGAGGUGGACACGCCCAUCAACUACAGCCUGAAGUACUCUGACGAACAGCUGAAUUCUGGGAGACAGAGUCCGAAUCACCGCGGCGGAAUUGAGAGUGACGAUGAUGAUGUGCAGGACGCCAGACUGAGGAGGAGGAACAACGAAUCGGCAACAAGCAGCAGCCGCAUGGCGUCUGCCCCCCCGCCACGCUAUGCAGUUGUCUCUGGAACAUCAAACUACAGCGGAGACUCAGCAGUCGAGCAGCCAAUCGACUACAGUCUGAAGUACGGCACAGACUCAACCAGCAAACCGCUGUUCAAGUCCGAGGAGAACACUGCCCCCACCCUUGCCCCCCCUUCAUCCACCUCCACUAGCAAGCUCCGCCCCGCUCCUCCAGCCAAUCGGGUUGUGCCAAAAAGUCACCAAGAGUCAACACAGAUGUACUGUGUGGAGGACACGCCCAUCUGUUUCUCCAGAGGCAGUUCACUGUCGUCACUGUCAUCAGAGGAGGACGAGGAUGGUGAUGUCAUUGGAAGAAAGCGGCGCGGUGGAGGUGGUGUCGGUGGAAACGAUUACCCGACACUUCCUGUUUGUGAUAAAGAGGGACACGAAGAGCAACAGCAGCGCCCACAGAAGGAGGCGGAGAGCCAAACGGCCUCCGCUCCCUCCUCACGGGGGCGACGAAGUCAUCACCACCACGGCCACGCCCACCACCAUCACCACCAUCACGUGACAUUAUCAUCUGGUAACAGGACUCCAAAAAGUCCACCAGAGCAGCAGUAUGCUCAGGAGACGCCGCUGAUGUUCAGCCGCUGCACAUCGGUCAGCUCCCUGGACAGCUUCUCCACGUCUUCCAUUGCCAGCUCUGUACGCUCCAGUGAGCCCAGCGGCGUUCCAAGUGGCGUGGUGAGUCCCAGCGACCUACCAGACAGCCCAGGACAGACGAUGCCCCCGAGCCGCGCUAAGACGCCACCACCAAUGCAGAAGACCGAGGAAGCAGCGAAGAAGAAGGACGAAGAAGAGAGCAGCGCUGACAUCCUGCUACACUUUGCCACCGAGAGCACGCCGCACGGCUUCUCCCAGGCGUCCAGCCUGAGCGCACUCAGUCUGGACGAGCCGUACAUCGCAGCAGAGAUGAAGAAGAAAAGCGAGGAGGUGCAGCAAAGGAGCACAGACAGGAAAGUGGAGGAAGCAGCAGAACCCAUCCUUGACGAAUCAGACGAUGACGACGACAUCGAGAUCCUGGAGGCUUGCAUCAACAUGGCAAUGCCCAAGUCCUCCCGAAAACCAAAGAAACAGCAACAUGCAGUGCCACGGAAACCCAGCCAGCUUCCUGUCUAUAAGCUCCUGCCCCCUCAGACCCGCACCCAAUCACAGCCGAGGAAGGACAUGCCGCCACCGGAGGAGGUGCCUAGAGUUUACUGCGUGGAGGGAACGCCGCUCAACUUCUCCACCGCCACUUCGCUCAGUGACCUCACCAUCGAUUCUCCGCCCAAUGAGGAGGCGGUAACAGCUGUCAACCCUGUAGGGCAACCCAGCUCCACACAGAGGAGGCGAGCUGCUCAUCCUGAAGGAGAGAAUGGUGACGACAUCCUCGCAGAGUGCAUCAGCGCUGCCAUGCCAAAAGCCAAACCAAGAAAACCAAUCAGGAUGUCAUCAAACAGUGAGCACCUGCAAGCCCCGCCCCUCCCUCCUCCCCUUCCACCUUCGAUCCCUCCUCCUCUCAGCGCUCAUCAGCACAAGAAGAAACCGACGUCGCCUGUGAAGCCGAUGCCUCAGAGGGUGACGCACAGUGUCACUGCGGCAACAACCAACAAAGCAAAACCAGGGUUCGCCUUCGACUCGCCGAGACACUACACCCCCAUCGAAGGAACGCCGUGCUGCUUCUCACGCAAUGACUCGCUAAGCUCACUCGACUUCGAUGAAGACGAAGGUGGUGCCUGUGAGAAGGAGAAGGAGGAAGAGGAAAAGAAAACACAAGAAGAAGAAGGCAGGAAGAGGAAGCAGCAGACGGCAGCCGUUUUCCCUCGGACCAAACCUUCAACUAAUCAGAUGAUGACAGAUGAGAAGCAGAAGUUUGCCAUCGAGGACACGCCCGUCUGCUUCUCCAGGAACUCUUCACUGAGCUCACUGAGCGACAUCGACCAGGAGAACAACAACAAAGAGUUUGCUCCGCCGCCGCCCGAGCAGCAAGAAGGAGGGAACACGGGAACAAAGUCUCCUCCUCCUCCGCAAGUGAAGUCCAAGCCCCGCCCCACUGCUGCCAGCGGCUACGCUCCCAUAGCGUUCCACGUGGAGGACACGCCCGUCUGCUUCUCCAGGAACUCAUCGCUCAGCUCGCUCAGCAUCGACUCUGAGGAUGACCUGCUGCAGGAGUGCAUCAGCUCUGCCAUGCCCAAGAAGAAGAAGAAAGCUGCCGCCGCUGCUGUCAACACGCCGCACCCUGUUCCCAAAGACAACGACAGCAUUCUGGCAGAGGAGGAACCUUCUGAGGCUCCGAGAAGCCCCGCCUCUCCGGACUCGGAGUCGUUUGAUUGGAAGGCAAUCCAAGAAGGAGCAAACUCUAUCGUCAGCAGCCUAAAUGCCGCCGCUGCUGCUUCACCGAUCUCCCGCCAACCGUCAUCAGACUCAGACUCUGUCCUCUCCCUCAAGUCCGUGGGCUCACCGUUCCAUCUCCUGACAGCCAAUAACAAUGCAGAUGAGGAGAUGGAGGAGCUGGAGGAGAUGGAGGAGAAGGAAGAGAUGGAGGAGAAGGAGGAUGUGAAGCGAGGAGCGAAGGUCCUGAAGCCGGGAGAGCGCAGCACUCUGGAGACGAAGAAGAAGAAAAAGGAAGAGGAAGAGGAGGAGGAGGCAAAGGCUCUGAGAGGUGGAAAGAAGGUGUACAGGAGUCUUAUCACAGGAAGGCCAAGGGGGGAGCCAUCAGCCAGGGGGCGGAGCAAACCAAGAGCUGCAGCCAUAGCCAAAGCUCCGGGCAGCGGCGAUGACAGAGGAGGCCCCUCAUCUCGGGACUCCACGCCGUCUCGCUCCUCAGCAGUAGCCAAUCAGAAAGGAGGAAAACUGUCACAGCUGCCACGCACAGCAUCUCCAGGAAGUGCAUCAUCAUCAUCAUCAGCCUCCAGACCGGCCAAACAGAGCAUGGCAGCAAGAAAUGGCGGCGGUGGCAUCCCGAGAAGCGAGUCUGCGUCAAGGGUCAGCAGCUCCACGACAAAGAAGCAGAAGGGGGAUCCUGAGAAGCCGACGCUUGUCCGGCAAUCGACCUUCAUCAAAGAAGCUCCGAGUCCGACACUGAAGAGGAAGCUCGAAGAAUCUGCCGCGGCAGCAGCAGCAGCGACAGAGUCACCGUCCAGUCCUGAUGCGCCACUUCAACCAACGUCCAGGAAACAUGACAUUAACCGCUCUCACUCGGAGAGUCCCUCACGCCCACAGGAAGUGACGUCAUCACGCUUUAACCGCACUGGCACCUGGAAGCGUGAAAAUAGUGGCAGUGCAGGAGGAGGGAAUGGAGGUAAACACUCUACAUCGCUACCACGCGUGGGGACAUGGAAACGGACCGGGAGCUCAUCAUCCGUGCUGUCAGCGUCAUCGGAGUCCAGCGACAAGGGGCGGAGCGAGGAAGAGGGCGUCGCGAGGUCGAAGGGGACAUGGAGGAAAGCAAAGAGUAACGCAGACUCGGCCAGUCGCAGCUUUAUAGAGAAACCUGAGGAUGUGUGGGUUCGUCUGGAGGACUGUCCCGUCAACAACCCACGCUCCUCCUCCUCCUGUUCAACCCGCUCGCCCACUACCCCCAACGCCCCGCCCAUCAUUGACAGCCCUGCCCCCUGUAAGAUCCCCUCCUCGUCCUCGUCCUGCUCCUCAAACCUAAACCUGCGUCGCAGCUGUGAAAGUCUGGACGACAAGCCGCUGCCACCUGAACGCCAGCAGCCGCAGCAGCAGAGGGGGCAGCAGCCACGCAGCGGCGCCGUGGCUGCUCGCGUCAGCCCUUUCAAUUACACCCCGAGCCCGAGGAAGGGCAGCACUGAGGUCACCACCACCACCCCCACCACAACGACAAGCAGCACAACAUCCUCAUCAACGACCCCCACACGGCCGUCACUCAUCCCCACCCCCGUCACAAAAAAACGGGAGCCAAAGGGUGGAGAGGGGGGGAGCAGCAGUGGUGGCAGCAGCGGUGGUGAGCGCGGCUCUUACAUCGUGACGUCGGUGUGAAAAAUGUGGACACAAAAUGGACGUCUCCGUUGAUAACAAGUGUAUAUAUGGAGAGAGACGUGUACAGGAAGUGAGUCUGUAUUUAAGUGCUAGCCCCUCCCCCUCCGCUGUCAAGUUUUUAUACCACUGAAAUUAUGUGUAGCGCUUAGCCCCGCCCUCUCUGCCUGUGUCCCUGCAUGGCCCUGCCCCCACUCAUAACGAUGAUGGAAACCAUGGUGACAGAUGUUUGUUCAUAAAUUAUUUUUAAUUCACUCAAAACUGUCAAUUGUUUUUUCUCCGACAGACCUGAACGUCACGACUUUUUUAUUUUUGUUCAUUGAAAACUUUUCUGAAUGACAUCAGACUCAAUGUUUUUUCUUCUGACGACUAAAUUGUAAAAAUGUUAAAAGUUUGUGAGUUUGAUGAAAAGUUCCUGAGAAAUCUGCUGGCUGACAACUUCCUGCUCUGUGUUGCCUUGGAAACAAAUAACACUGUAAAACAUAAGUUAUUGCUGUAAAACUUUGAACGUUGAAGCACAUAAAAUGUAAACUAAUGAUUUUUGCCAAAAAGUUUUUCAUGUUCUCAUUAAUUUUCACUGUUUUUAUUUCUGGAGAAAAAAAAACUUUUUGGUGAAAGUGAUGAAAAAUAAAAUUCAACAUUUUAGGAUCAAAA